UCAUCUUGAAAAAUAUAGUCAACGAAAGUAGAUAAAGCCCCAACCUGAAACACUUGCACUGACCUAACUCCUGUAAUAAGAUGGCCGCCGCUUUUGGUACCGCCACCGUCGCCGCCGCCGCCGCCACCUUAGCCGGAAAAAGGGUUUCAAAUGACAUCCAUUUCUGCUCCCAUACUACCCCGCGGUUCAUUCGAAGCGGAUGGUCUCUUGCCCCUGAGAAACUACAGAUCAAAGCAUAUUCUACUCCAAUUGGAGAGAACCCAGCUCGUUCAAGGUCUUCAAUCGUGCGAACCGCAGCUGUCCGGCAAUUAACUGGACCCAUUACUGCAACUGAGGGUUUACGUUUUGCUGUUGUUGUAGCCAGAUUUAAUGAAAUUGUGACAAGACCCUUAUUAGAGGGAGCUUUGGAUACUUUCAGAAAAUAUUCAGUUAAAGAAGAAGACAUUGAUGUAGUGUGGGUUCCUGGUUGUUUUGAGAUUGGUCUAGUUGCAGAAAGGAUGGGAAAAACUCGCAAAUAUAAUGCAAUCUUGUGUAUUGGAGCUGUGAUAAGAGGUGAUACCACGCAUUAUGAUGCUGUGGCGAAUUCAGCUGCAUCUGGAGUUAUGACAGCUGGUCUAAAUUCAGGUGUUCCUUGCAUAUUUGGUGUUUUGACAUGUGAAAACAUGGAUCAGGCUCUAAACCGCGCUGGAGGUAAAUCAGGGAAUAAAGGAUCAGAAACCGCUCUUACAGCUAUUGAGAUGGCAUCUUUGUUUGAGCACCAUCUAAAGCCUUAAUCAUUUUGGAUUGAAUUUUCACCUUCAUAAUAAAGAAACUGCAGAGGGUUGGCUGUUUCAUGUCUCAUUGUGGUGUUGAAUAACUUCUGCUUUUAGCAAAGAAUAAAAAUAAAUAACUUCUAUGUUAUUUUUCAAAUCUCAAUUAUGUAUGUGUUUAAUUUGAAGG